UUUUUUUUUUUUUUCCUUUUAUAUAUAUUAUGCAUAAAGACAUUCUUAAAGUUGUGCUUAUUGGGGAUGGUGGUGUAGGCAAGACAAGUCUUCGUAAUCAAUACAUUCAUAAACGUUUUACCAAUGCGUAUAAAGCAACUAUAGGAGCUGAUUUUAUUACAAAAGAAGUUGAAACAGACGAUGGUAAAAAAGUAAUGAUGCAAAUUUGGGAUACAGCAGGUCAAGAACGAUUUCAGUCUUUAGGUGUAGCUUACUAUCGUGGAGCAGAUGCAUGUGUUUUAGUUUAUGAUGUGAAUAAUUUCUUAUCUUUUCAGCAUCUUGAACGUUGGAGAGAAGACUUUUUAAAGCAGUCAUCACUACCAGCAGAAGAAGCAAAAAACUUCCCAUUAUUAAUUAUUGGAAAUAAAAUAGACAUCGAUGAUAGAGUUGUUUCAAGAAGACAAGCAAGAGCUUGGGCAGAGACACAUUCGAGUGAUAAAAUGCAAAUUCCCUGCUUUGAGACGAGUGCUAAAAAUGGAGACAAUGUAGAAAAGGCUUUUGCUUAUAUUGCGAAAAUGGUCAAAGUGCCUCAAUUGGAAUUAGACUUGAGUGAAAGCCACUCAUUUUCUUUAACAAGUGAUACAUCGAGGUCUUUAAAAAGAAGUCGUUGUUGUUAAUUUUUGUAUUUUAUUCACUUUUCCACUCAUGCCAUUAAUUUUGACAUAUACAUAUCUAUAUUUAUCUAUCUAAUAUUACAAUGCUUCUAAUACUAAUUUGCACUUUUGCAAAACAAACCAGCG